AUGAAUAGAAAACAAUACAAACGAUACGGUUUUGUGGUCACAGAUUGUGAUUACGAUAAGUGUAAUAAAAGAUUUAAAAACAAUUACAACAAAUUUGUUAAUAAUAAUAAUAAUAACAAUUCAGACAAUUAUGAGAAGAGUCAGACAUUUAUUGACAAAGAAGUGUUAAAUCAAUCAAUUGAUCGACAAAUAAAUGACAAACAAUUUAGUAAACAAGAGAUAGAAAUACUGAGAGGAAAUUGGGAUCAAUAUUGUGUUGACUAUAAUUGCGAUGAAAUAAUGAAAACACGUUUAUUGGGUUACUUUGCUUACAGCAAGAGGUAUACCAGAAAUGAUAGGAAAAAGUUUCGGGAAUUUAUGAGAAGCACACAGUUUUAUCUGCGAUUAGCCAAUGGUUUGCCUAACCGUACACUGAAUAGUAUAUAUAGAAAUGCAAGGAUUAGAUUUCAUUCAUUGAAAUAUAAGAAAGAUUUAUCCGAUGAUAUUAUUAAUAAUAUGAAACAUUAUUAUCUAAUAUUUGGUAAAAAAUGGACACAAAUUGCCGAAAAAUUAAUGUGUUAUCCGGCUACUAUUAUGGAGCAUUAUAAAAUUAAUUACAAUAAAAAUGGUGAACCAUAUGAUAUGGGAAACUGGAGUGUAGAUGAAGACAAACAACUAUUGGAUGCAAUGAGACGAGUGAGUUACUAUCAAAUACGUAAUCAUUGGUUAGCAAAACUUCGGUGGUCAAUAGCCCAAUGGAACCGUUUGGAGGACAGUUGGACACAAAAAGACACCGCAAGACUAAUAUAUUGUUUGUUUAAAUAUGAAUUCACAGACGAAUUAGCCAUAGAUUGGGAUGUAAUAAAGGAAAGGUUUGCAAAUAUUUCGUCGUUUAAUGCAUUGAUGAGAAAUUGGCGUUUAAUUAAACAAACGGUUCCCUCAUUUGAAUUUAAAUCUUAUAAAGAGAUUAUUGAUUUUCUUUACGACAACUUUUUGCCGCAAUUUAUCACUAAUAAUGAUAAAGGUAUUGACUAUUUGAAAGAAUUUGAAUUGUUUUUCAAUGAUUAA